GUUUGGUUACAAGGAGCUAGCAGCUACGGCGGCAUUAUAUAUAUAUGCGGAAGCAACGGCAUGUUAUGGAAAAAGGCAUUAUAGAAAGAUCUCUAAGGUUUAUUUCUCCUGCUCUCUAUCUUCUUCACCUUAAGACCUCCAAGGUCCCUGUGGAGAGCUCUUAAUUCUGGACAGACAGCUUGCUCUUGUGCUAUUCGCCUGGGAAAAUAACGACCUUUCUUUCUGCAGUUGGGGAUUAGAAGAGUCGUCCGGAUAGCUCUACCUCCAUUUUCGGUUGCGCCCUCAAAGGCUUUUAUUGUCAUUUGAGCAGUGAGAUUAGACAGAUGAGUUCAUCAAGCACUUCCAUUGAUAUUGAACAUCUUUUCAAAGAGCUUUCGAAAGAAGUUCCACAUACCAUGCAAACUACCUUGCGGGAAGAGAUGUGUAUCUACCAUGUUCCGGUGCACAUUCGUCAAGUAAAUGAAGAUGCCUAUACCCCUCAGGUAAUUUGUAUAGGCCCAAUUCACCAAAAGAAUGAAAAUCAAUUUAUGAAAGACCUGAAGCGAAGAUAUUUCAAACAAUUCCUUAACAGACUGCCUAAUGUAAAAGGGGAACAGUUUCAGAAGGAACUUCUGAGCAUCAUUAAAGAUUGUGAAGUUGAAAUCCGCAAUUGUUAUGAAGAUGAUUCAUUUGAACUUUGCAAGGAUCCAAAAGAGUUUUUGAAGAUGAUUCAAUGGGAUGUUGUAUUCAUCUUAGAGCUCUUCUUGAAGACUAGAGAAUUUAAGGAAGAUAGCGAAGACAUGUCUCAAGACAAAUACAAGUAUGAUUGUAUAAUAGGUAAACCCUGGCUGAGAGCUGCUGUGCAACGGGACCUGAUAUUGCUCGAAAACCAGCUGCCGUUCUGGAUUCUUGAUAAAUUAUAUAAAAUUGCCACCAAAUACAUUAAACCCGAUUGCUCUAGUUUCCUGAAUCUUACCUCCGACUACUUUGAGGAAUACAACAAGAAAAAAAUCAAUCCUCCCUACAUAUUACAUUUCACUUAUUUGGUAAGAUUGUUUUUGUCCUCGAAACACCCAACGAACAUUUUUACUACGCCAAUUAUCGAUUGUAAAACAGCAACUAGGCUGGAAGAAGCAGGAAUGAAGUUCAAGCCAACGCCAAAUGAAUGCUUACUUGACAUAAAAGCAUGGAGUGGAGGCCCGGGAUGUAAUUCUAUCAAGAAAGGUGAGUUACAUGUUCCAACCCUUGAGAUUGAAUAUCAUACUGAAUGUGUCUUACGAAACCUUAUGGCGCUGGAGCAAUGUCAUUUUCCCAAGGAGUCGUUUAUCUGCCAGUAUGUUAAAUUCUUGGAUUUACUUGUGGAUAAUGAUAAAGAUGCAGACUUGCUCAUUAAAAGUAAAGUUAUUAUUAAUAGGCUUGGAGAAAGUGCUGCUGUGGCUAAUCUGAUUAACGACCUUUGCAAGGGAAUCGUAGAAGUUUCUUCAUGUUAUAACAGUCUCGCUAAAAAGUUAAACGAUUACUCUGAUAGCUGCUGUAACAAGAGGAAGGCCUUCCUCAGAAGACAGUAUUUCAGGAAUGUUUGGAUAGGCACCGGAACUGUUGUUGGAUUGUUCGUGCUGUUCAUCACUUUGCAAAACUUUGUUCGAUCUUUUCUUUAGUACUCGAGGUUCGAAUGCUUCAGUGUCCGUAAAAAUUCCUUUUUUUUCCUUUUCUGUAGUUAAUAAAUCUUAGUUCACUUGUUUGAUUGUAAAAAUAAAAGAAUAAUCAUUAGUAUUGUACCUUGUUGUAAUCAACUUUAAGGAAUGUUAUCUAGCGUGUCUAUGUACUUUUGUAUCUA